UACAUAUUUUAUUAUCUGAAGAAUUUGAAGAAACUCGAAAAGAAAGAAAAAACAGAUUUCGAGCUCAUAUCGGCUGUCAAGAUCUGCUUGGGAAACGAUAUCGUUUAAUAAUACCAGCCAAGGUGCAACGCGGCAUCAAGCAAGAGUUCUCAAAAUACGAGCAGCGACUUCGCUUGUACGUCUGGGAUUCUUCAUUUCCAGUUCAGUGAAUCCCUGAGAUGCCCACCAUCCUCCGUUGAUAGAUUAUCAAAGAAUAGAUCUUAUUUCCGGCGAAAUUUGAUGAGAAAAACUCGACUUUUCGUACAAAAUCCCGUAAUCUGCGAGAAAAUUUCAGUUAUAAGCUUUAGUGUUGGAUAAAUACCAUAAGAUGGGCGUUGACUGGACCAAACUCCCGCCAGAACUCCUAGAAUCCAUCGCCGAAAACGUCAAAAUCUACGCCGAUUACAUCCGUUUCCGAGCGGUUUGCCGCAGCUGGCGAUCCUCGAUCCCUAAAAUCCCUUUCCGCCUCCCUCCUCAGCUCCCCUGGCUCAUGCUCCCCCCAUCCCAAUCUCACGGCGCCUUCUACGAUCUCUCUACCAAUAAAGUCCGAUUCCUCUCACUCCCCGAAUCCUCCAACCCAACACAGCGCCACUGCGGCUCUUCCCACGGAUGGCUUAUUAUCCUCGACGAAUCCCCCUCUAUUCUCCUCUUGAACCCUUUCUCCCGAGCCAAUCUCCUCCUCCCUCCUCUCUCCACUUUCCCCAACGUGGACAGCUUUAACUACUCCGACAUCGGGAAGGAAUAUUCCCUUCGAUCCCCUUCCGGAGGCCGUUACACUCGCAAUUUGCGGCAAAUGCGAGACUCCUUCAUAAAAAAAAUCGUGCUCUCCGCAAAUCCUUCCAAGGACCUUCAUUUCGUGGCGAUUGCGAUCCUUAACCAGACUGGCGAGUUAGCUUAUUGCAAAAACGGCGACGAAUCUUGGCGCUUUAUCGAAGAUGCGCAAUCCUAUUCCCAGGAUGUUAUAUAUUGUAAGGGAUUAUGUUACGCUGUUGAUAAACAGGGUGGAAUUGUAAUCUGUGAUGUUCGCCAUGAGUCGCCCAGGGUUUCAUUUAUCGAAACACCGAGACAAUUAAUGGGUGAUAUGCAAUAUUUGGUUAAUUCUGGAGAUGAACUGUUACUCGUUACACGUCACCUUGAUCUUGAUUUCAAUUUCGAGCCUGAUCAGUAUUAUUUGAUCUAUAGGACUAAGCGUUUCGAGGUUUCUAGGCUAGUUUGGAGGGGACCUCAUUGGGAGAGAGUGAAAAGUUUAUAUGAUAAGAUGCUGUUUAUUGGUGAAAAUUCCUCAUUAUCGUUGUCAGCUUCUGAUUUUACAGGUUGUAAGGGGAAUUGCAUAUAUUUUACAGAUGAUUACUCUGAAACUAACUAUGAUGGUGCUUUUGGGGAACAUGAUAUUGGUAUUUACAAGUUAUGGGAUGGAAGCAUUGAGCCAUUGCCUUGUUAUCCAAGGAAUUCUUUCUUCCGAUUGCAUUGGCCUACGCCACUUUGGAUUACACCAAGUCCAUGCUAAUAUGAGAGCUUGAAGAUAGCCUUGGUGUAAAAGUUGAAGAAAGAGAAUAAGCUACUUUUCUCAUAUCCCAUUUUUCAACUUCAAACGAGCAUCAAGGUAAAGACACGUUUCUUUGGCCCCAAGGAUUAAGGUUGAUCAUCACGUGAAAGACAAAUCUUGAUUUAUCUUGAAUGUCGCAGGAGAGAGGAAGAAAGUUGAGGAAAGUUAUGCAAUACCACGUUUGCGGCAAAUAAGCUGUCGACGGUUCCUAACUUCUAUAAAAGUAGAAAGGCGAGAUAGGCUCAAGGGUCCUUGCGCUUGGGGCAAUGACGCAGCUCAUGAGCUUCAAGCUGAGACGCGUCUAUUGCUGGUUGAAAACUAUUUCCAAACCCCCUUGUAGGCCCUGGCCUUUGAGAAUUUUUGGAAGGGCUCCCUUCGGGGUAAAGCCCUUCAAUUAUUAGUCUAAAUGGUAUUGUCUAAAUAGGAAUAUGCCCUAAUGUUUUAAUCUAAACUUUCUUGGGUCAACUUGGGUUUAAGGGCUCGGAGCCAUUUUUAAGAAUAUUGUAUUGAUUGAAGUAGUUCAUGGUUGAUUCCAAUGUUGCAUUAUAAUACUCCACGGGAUCUCCAGAUUAUGUUUCCCAUGUUACAGAAAGGCCCUGUUCAAAGUCUUGAUGCAUAUUUAUGAUUUAUGAUUACCGUAUAGUUGAAAAGUU